GAGAAUAGUAGUCAGCGAGCGCCCAGGUCCCAGAACGAACUAAUAGCUGCACACAGGCUUUACAGACAGAGUUUUUACAGCUGAGUACUUCCACUAAUUGAUGAGCAUCGAUGUCAUUAAUGGUUUUAUAAUGAACGAAGCGCAGAGAUCGGAAUCGCACACAUUGGGGUCGCGCUGCCACUGUAGUCGUACCUCCCAAUCGCACCCGCACGUCUAGCCGUUCGCUGGGUACCAGCUGGACGACUCCUCCAGCACUCACACAAGCAAACCCACAGAACACACCAAUGCACAGAGCCCCUCCACCCGAACGGACGGAAUCGCUAUAGCUAACAUAGGCUAUGUUAUCGAUACAAAGCAGCCGUAGCAGCAGCAGCAACGACGCGACGCGACGCGUCAGCUUCUUAUCAUCAAACAGCACGCACACACACCACAUAAUCAGCAGAAGCAGGGCAGGUCGACGCAACGUCGUUACCACAUACUCCUCCGCUUCUCCCCGCUGUGGGUGCACAAGCACAUGUAGCUGGGCUUGGCGGCGGCGGCGGGCGAGCGAAUCGUACAUUAGUUUAGUUGUUCAGUCUGUGAUUGGAUUAUAAAUUGGGUCUCUCUGCUCCUCAGAUGAAGAAGUUCCUAUCGCAGAGACUGCUCAGCCUGGAUCAUUCCACGUUCAAUGACGACGACGAGGAGGGUGGCGACAUGUAUGGCGGCGGCGGCGGGCACAGUAUGAUGACGCAGCACGAGCACGAGAAUCAACAUCAGAUGCUGCCACAGCUGUCGCCAGCUCCACAGCAGUCGCAGCAGCAGCAGCCACAGCAGCCGCAGCAGCAGCAAGCGCUGGCACAAGCUCCGUCAAAGCCUCUGGCACCGUUUGCCCUGUUUUUCCGCGACACUGUGACGGCCAUCAAACAGCAGAAUCCGGCAUGCUCCCUCGAACAAAUAUCCGUCAUCGUCCACACCAUGUGGGAAUCUCUGGACGAGACGCAGAAGAACGUGUAUACCCAGCGGCACGAGCAGGAGAAGCGCGACUUUUUGCGCAACAUGCGCGACUAUCGCCAGCAGUUGUCGGAAACAGAAAUCACUCCGGAGGUUGGCAGCAGCAUCCCAGAUGCUGUCGCUUCUGUGCCGGCGAUUCAAACGACGGAUCUGAUCUCGCCAAAAACUCAAAUGAGCGACGAACAAACGACACCGUUGGCCACAGCCACCGUAGAACCUCCCGAGCAAAUUCAGUUGCUCACCGAGGCGGCCCAGGCGCCAAAGUGCACGCGGGAUCAGUGCAACAAGCCGGCGAUCAUCAAUCCGGACUGGGAGGAUGAGUACUGCAGCAACGAGUGCGUGGUCAUCCACUGCCGGAACGUUUUCAACAAUUGGGCGCUCUCAUUGAAGAGCUCUCCGACCUAGGGGCACCGACUGAAACACCGAAUUAAGAUUAGUCUUAGAGUUUAGUUCAAAUCUACCAAAUUGCAUUGCUCCCGCGCGCGCUGACGUCGUGCCCCCAUCAGCUGUUACACGUCUGGGGCCUUGCCAGCCUCGAGAAAAACGAAUUGCUGCAAACGCUGCUGCAUGCAUGCCCCUAACGGGGGGGAAUACCACAUAUAUACAAUUGGGGUUAAUUUAACAAACUCUCACUUUCUACCAUUCA